UGAGCAAUAAAAACCGAAAACAGCCCGUCGCCAUUUUCUCAGGCUAACACAGGCAGCAACGUAGGUUGUUUUGUAAGAAUUUCUAAAUAUUAUUUUCCUUUUAGGGUUAGCAGUAGAUUUGUUUUAUAUACUUUAAACGUCCGUAGAAAAUGAGUGACAUCGAGGACAGCAAUUUCGGAGGACGAGAGUCCCGCUCUCAGUCGAAAUCAGACCGAGGCAGCCCCGCUCACGUAAAGUCCGAGAGCAGGUCUGCGUCCCACAGCCCCUCCCGAGCCUCCAAGCGGUCCGAGUCCAGGUCGCAGUCCAGGUCCAAGUCCAGGUCGCGCUCCAGGAGGCACUCCCACCGGCACUACACGCGCUCCCGCUCCCGCUCCCACUCGCACCGCAAGAAGUCGCGCAGCCGCUCCUACUCCCCCGACUACCGCCGCAAGAAGAGCCAGAGCACCUCGCCCAUGUCCAACCGCCGCCGGCACACGGGCAGCAGGACCAGAUUCAGCAAUGACUUCAAAAAAGAAACAUACAGUCAUAGUGAUGCCAGGGCCAACCCUGACCCGAACACCUGUCUGGGGGUGUUUGGCCUGAGCCUGUACACGACGGAGCGGGACCUGCGCGAGGUGUUCUCCCGCUACGGGCCGCUGGCAGGGGUCAACGUGGUGUACGACCAGAGGACCGGCCGCUCGAGGGGCUUCGCCUUCGUCUACUUCGAGAGAAUCGACGACGCCAAGGAGGCGAUGGAGCGUGCCAACGGAAUGGAGCUGGAUGGGAGGCGCAUCAGAGUGGACUACUCCAUCACAAAACGCCCACACACGCCCACCCCUGGCAUCUACAUGGGGCGGCCCACCCAUGUGUUCUCCUUCAGCAAUGGUGGCAGCAGUAGCGGCGGGCGUCGCCGGGACUCUUACUACGACAGAGGCUACGACCGAUACGACAGAUACGACGAGUACGAUUACAGAUACAGCCGGAGGCGAUCCCCCUCCCCGUAUUACAGCCGAUACAGAUCCCGCUCCCGGUCUCGCUCGUACAGCCCCCGGCGGUACUAAGGAGAAGAGAACACUUUGGGAAGUUUUUUUCAUAUUGGAUCUUUAUAAGUUCUUUGACUUUUUUAAAAGAAAUGUGGUAACUUUUGUGGCAUUUUAAAAAUGUAUGCCAACACUUAUUACUUAAAAGCUGUUUCUAAUUCAACUGAGUGUGAUUACCAUAAAAGGUCAUGUUUACUUUUUGAUAGUGUCUUGUAUAAGUUUUUGUUGGACUUUUCGUUCAUCUGUGUACAGCAUAAUGAGGUAAUUCAGAAUAUAAAACUUUUAUUUUUCUUGUGUAUACUACGUAUUCAUUGUGAUUUUUCCUUAUCUCAGUUGCAAGCAUAGAGAGGCAGAUUUGUUUCUGAAUCAUUAUCCUCUUGUGAAUAUUGUCAGUUAAUAGUUUUUUGAAACCAGGUAAACUCCUGAGCAAAGUUUGCUUUGAACAGAAAAUGUCAUUCAGUUCAGAUAUGAUGAACUGGUUUAUUUUGAUAGGAUGUGAUUGUUUUUUUCCUUUUUUUUUUCAAAAACAAAAUUAAAAUUUAUUUAAAACUGA